AUGUCACACGCACCUCCCACCCCCAAACUCACCGUCCGGCUACAAUCGCCCUCGAUCCCCGCCUCAUUCGAGAGCCCGGUCGCCGUCUCCGUCACAGCCUCAAUCACCAACACCGCCGCGUCGCCAGUAACCCUGCUAAACUGGGGUUCCCCUCUCGACCCGCGUGCAAACAUCCUCGGUGUUUUUGAGAUUCGCGAUGCAGAAACUGAUGAACCUGUUAUACUCGACGAGAUCAAAUUCCGCCGCGUCCUACCUGCGCCUCGUGAGGAUUUCGUUGAGAUUGCCCCUGGUGCCUCGGCCGAGGUGAAGGUUACGAUUCCCCGUGCGCCGCUUGAUCAGGGGAAGCACUAUACGAUCCGGGCCAAGGGCUGGUGGCAGGCCGUUUGGGAAGCGCCGCUGCAGGAUGUGCCGCCGGAGGAUCUAAACGAGUUGACUGGGGCGCUAAGGGGCGAAUUUGCGUCUGACCCUGUGCCAAUCGAGACGGACUAG